UUAUUGCAAGAGUACAGGAUGUCUGGCGAUGAUAUACUAGUGUCGGGAAUGAGCGGUCGGUUCCCCCUCUCGGCCAACACCGACGAGUUCGCGAAGAAUCUGUUCGAUGGCAUCGAUAUGGUUACCGAUGAUGACAGCCGAUGGCCAAUGGGUUUAUACGAUCUAUCGAACCGAAUGGGAAAGAUUAUGGAUUACGAACAUUUUGAUUGGUCAUUCUUUGGGCUCAUGGAUCAACUUGUUGAAACUAUUGAUCCACAAUCUAGAUUACUUAUGGAGACCACGUACGAGGCAAUUUUGGAUGCAGGUUUAAACCCACAAGAACUACGCGGCAGUAAUACCGGUGUGUAUGUGGGUGUCUCCCAGUACGGUAUGACUGACGGCUACCCGGAGGACAUACAACCCGAUGCGACGGAAUCGUUGCAGUCGGUGCUCAUGGAAAACCUGUCGAGUAUGAAGACCUUCUACGCCAGCCGUAUAUCCUUUGUCAACGAUUUCAAGGGGCCGUCGAUGAUAGUGGACACCGCCUGCUCGGCCAGUCUUAGCGCUAUGGCACUGGCAUUCAACGAUAUGCUACUAGGUAACAUCGAUGCGGCCAUCGUGUGCGGCACUCAUAUGGUGUUCGAGCCGUUCCUGAAUCAGUACCAACAGGAAACGUCCAUUUGUUCGCCGAGGGGUGUGUCGGCCGUCUUGGACCAGGAGGCGGACGGUUUCGUGAAAGCAGAGGCCGUGUGCUGUCUAUUCCUACAGCGACGCCGGGAUGCGCGCCGUAACUACGCUCACGUACGCAGUGCUCGCAUUAAUAUCGACGGAUACAAAAAGAUGGGUCAGUCCCCGACCAUGUUCAUUCUCAUAAUAAUAAUUAAUGGAAAUCGUAAUUAUCCGUUAACAGGCAUGUUUUUCCCAUCGAGUGAGGCCCAGGAACAAUUGAUGAGAUUGUCGUACGAGAAAGCUAAUGUCGAUCCACGUGACAUCACCUAUUUUGAAUGUCACGCCACAGGCACCAAGGCCGGAGAUCCCCAAGAAAUCAAAGCCAUUUACAACGUGUAUUGCAAAGAUACCGGCCGUACGACUGAGUUGCCUAUAGGCGCUCUCAAGAGCAAUAUGGGUCACGCAGAGGCCGGUUCAGGGGUCGCCGGAGUCAUCAAAGUAUUGAUAUCCUAUGAAAACGAAUGCAUUCCUCCGAACAUUAACCUCAACACUAUUAAGGAUGAAAUCGCUCAGUAUUUCCCACCAUUGCUGGCAAUUAAAGAAAAGUAUCCGUAUGAACCUGGAAAGACCCCUUCCUUGAGCCAGGAGUCAGACCCCGAUUCCUUGAGACUACUGCCUGAACCU